CACGCGUAAAGCCCAAGGGUGGCCAAAUGACUUCGCCAACAUAUGAAGGACGGUAACCAGCAGACUCCCUGACUUCGGGGGUUUGAAUUAGACCUCGUACUCAACACUACGUAGGUAUAAAGCUCUACGCUGUACCCAUAUUCGUUCACCGCCGACCCAGUGACCCUACAACUGACGUUGCCUUUUUCUUUCCCACCCAAGAUGGUGUCAUUGCUUUUCGCCCUCACAACCCUUCUCUCGUUAGCAAGCGCUAUCAGCCUACCACCCAACCUCCACUCCCGACAAGCCACCUCCCUCAAACCCGGCGCCUGGAUAAUCACCUACACGCCCAACGCCGCCAACUCUCCAACGUACAGAGGCCCCCUACGCAUCACUUCAACUAGUGACGCGACCUUCAUCAGCGGCGACCUCUACAAUGGCACCGUCCAACCGAACCCCGCCGACGGGAGUCCCAUUCUCCCCCGCAACAACUACUGGGGCUUCGUCCGCGCGACAAAACUCACGGCAGGCAGUAACCGUGGGUUCUCUUUGAACCUGGAGUUCUGGACCUUUGGUGGUUUCAGGCAGACCGUACGGUACUGGGAUACCAUCUGGGCAGGCCAACCCGUCGAUGGCGGAUACAUCGUCGAGCUUUCUCCUGCCUCGGCUCCCAGCGGAUACCCAGACACGCAGAACUAUUUCGAGGGGAACGUCAAGAUCGCCAGCAGCGGUGCGGUGGUGGGCAAAUUCACCAUGGGGUGGGUGAGCACAUAUCUGCGUCGCAUUAAGCUCGAGAUCGGCACCGUGAGCGGCGCCAAAGUGCCUCAGGCGGACACCAGCGGUACGCGGACGUGGAAAUCCGUGUUCGCCGAGGCGGGCUACGAUAUCAGUGUCACGGUUGGGAAGACGGAUAUUCCGGAACCGAGCAACACCGUGGGUGCGGGAUGGUUCAAUGAGGAGCAGGAGCACGAUGCUGUGCUCACAUACCGUGGCCCUACGGACUACGAUAAGGAGUGGAAGUACUAUCUUCUGAUUGUUAGGCAUAUGGUGGAGAGUUCCCGGGGAGCUAUGAUCGACCCCACAAGGAAGUACAACGGGAUUCCAAGGGAAGGCACAGCUAUAGCAAGUGAAUGGCGUGUUGGAACCAAUCCCGAUGGAACCCCUGAUACCAUCGACAAUGUACCGUGGCCGGCGUCUGUGGUGGGCAAAAAGUUCGAAGACUUGCAAGAUCCCUGGUUCCGCACCGCGGUACACGAAGGUGAGGUUCCAUGAUCAUGGAUGACCCCAUGCUGUCGUCUAACGAUGAAUAGUCGGCCACUGUCUGAAUCUCGCCCAUCCUUUGGAAUUCGGGAACCACAUCAUGACAGACACGCCCUCAUUCGUGACGGCUGGUGCUGACGGCGUGACUCCUCAGCAGUUCCCGGAUAAUAUCAAUGCUGAGAGCAUGAAGUUCCAACCCAGUGAUAUCUUCUUGAUGCAGCAUAGACCAGAUACGCACAUCCGGCCAGGAUUCGUCGAGUUUGGUGCACCAGCUCAGGUACGUCUCCUUCCCGAGCGUCUUGACACGAAUGCACCGCAAGCUGAUUCUCAGUAGAAUGAAGUCCCUCCUCCGGCUGUAGACCUGGAUGGACAGACUGCCAAGAUGAAGACGAGGGACGUUGAGA